ACGAUAGGUUUCUUUCCGAACUCCUCAGCUUAUACUCGAGUACAUAGUUCGACCAACAGCCUGCGACUAUGCUGUCGAUCUUUGGACAUGCAUUAGCGCAAACUUGCCGGCUGGAACGCCGCCAACUAGCUACUGCUGCACUUAGCACGGUGGGACAGGGAUCCCAGAUCUUACGUCCAGAAGUUAUCCCGUAUGACCAGUUACAGGGCAUCCCUUCUAAUGUACCCCUGCAAGCUGUCUCGGUCGUAGACCCAGUAUACCUAUCCUUGUCAUCUCUCCUACACCCUCCAGAAGGCGCGCCGUCGCCAGAGGAACAAAUCGUCGUACUAGAUCCCACUGUAUUCAGGCAUCCCAUUCGCCGCGACAUCCUCCACCUCUGCGUCGUACAUUACCUGGACUCCCUCCGGCAGGGCUCGGCGUCCACCAAGACGCGUGCCGAAGUCCGAGGCUCUGGAAGAAAAAUCCGACCGCAGAAGGGCAGCGGUAGAGCACGUCUGGGUGACGGCCAGAGUCCUAUGCUGCGCGGUGGAGGUAUCGCGUUCGGCCCGAAGCCCAGGGAUUUCAGCACGAAGCUGCCGCGCAAGGUCAUCCAGAUGGGUAUGCGCGUGGGGUUGAGCGCAAAGGUGAAGGAGCGAGCAUUAGGGAUUGUGGAGAGCCUGGAGUGGCCCGGGACGAAAACCAGCGAGCUGGCGGCCAGAAUUGAGGAGCUCGGCUGGAGAAAGACACUCUUUGUCACCGGCAAAGAGGAGGUGCCCGUGGGGUUAGCCCGGUCCAUUUCUAAUAUCGCUAAGCUGGAUGCCACUACCGCGGAUGCACUGAAGGUAUACGAUGUUGUGCGGUGGCCAAGGCUGGUACUGGAUACAGCGGCUGUGGAUUAUUUCGAGCGGACACUGUCAAAAAGGGUUCCUCUCUCUCCGACAGCCCUGUCAUAGUAGUCUCGUAUGAUUUUUACUUCGAUAAUGCUAUAUGUCCACUGAAAUUGCUGACGGUAUGCGGGAUGUCCGAUCACCUAUCUAAAGUAUGUACACAUAUCUACCAAGUACACCUAACGCAGUUCGCUUUUCGCCAGACCAACGUAUCAUCUACGAGCCUGGAUACCGGCUUCUUGUAACGCAGCCUUCACCUCCGCGAUUUGGACUACUCCGCGGUGGAAGAUUCCCGCAGCCAAAGCGGCCUCAACAUCUGUCUGCUCGAACACCUCCACAAAGUGCUCGGCCUUGCCGGCCCCACUGCUUGCCACCACUGGUAUUCGGACAUUUUGCUUGACCAGUCUGACCAAGGCUAGGUCGAACCCUAGACCAGUACCAUCGCGAUCGAUACUGUUCACUAGAAUCUCCCCAGCGCCGAGUUUCUCUACUCCCUGAGCAAGCUGCACAACAGAGAGCGGACGUGCUUCCCGUCCACCUGAGACGGUACAUUGGUACCACCACGCCUUCCCCUUCUCCUUCUCCAGCCCAUCGGGCUUGCCAUAGACAAGUUCCGACUUGUACGGCCCUGGAUAGGAGGAGGGGUCGUCGACGUACACGCGCUUGGGGUCGAUAGAAACAACGACCGCCUGCCGCCCAUAUACCCUCGCUAUCGUCUCGAUAGCGCUUGUCCCGUCGCCUUUCCCGCCACAUUCGAGCA